ACAUAUCCCGAACCAUCACCAUGCCUUGGCCUUUGAAAAUCUCCAGAGCUUUCGCCACUGUCGAACAAGAGGACCAUGUCCCCCUUCUUGAGAACCAGUACUACGGCCCCUACAAUAAACUUCUCUAUACCCUAUUCCCUGCGGACACUGAUUUCAUUGUCUCGCCCAACUACCUGGCGGGCAAUGUGGACGGCGGCUUGGACUUCAUCGUCUCGUUCGAGAUCACCCUUCGUCAGCACCCUGUGCUUAUCCUAGAGGUCCCCCCCCCCGCACUUGGCCUAUCCUUCGUUGCGGGAGGCAGCCGACAGGCACGUUCGCCGCCGUUUGUUUGAUGUGUCAGGGCGUGCAAUCCUCCCUGUGCUCUACGGCAUCAGCGCGAUAGGGACCAAGCUCUGUUUCUACGAGUACGAAACGGUGCAGAGGCGCAUAAGUCCCCGACGCAUCUCUAACGAUCCCGAUCUUAUUACCGACGUUGCGCCGAAGGAGCUUCUUGCUGGGGCACAGGUUCAAAAAAUCGGAUCAGUGUGAGGCAGAGAAGAAACAAGGCAAAGAGGACCUCUAGCUGUGACACAAUAGUCAUGCAGCUGAGCCAGGCAUUGGGAUCGAAUCUAUUUGCGAAGGGAAAGGAGAAGUUCUGCAAUGACAGGCUGACGACCAUCAUGAUCGGCCAACUAAGUUAGUAGGACCGCACGAGAUAGAGCCUCCUGCGUGUUUCAUAUUCUGGUGGCGUAAUGGACGUCACACAUCAAUGCAGUCGGCAGGUGCGUCUCGCCUAACACCGACCAUCUUCAAGUUGGCAUCGCUCUAAGGCCAUAUGUUACUCAAGAUCCAAAAGGACCUCCGCUUUGGUCUACAGGCCAGCUGGCUAAUGUAGACUUACGUCCGCCCAAGCCAGAGUGGGCCCUCUUCGGAAAACAGCGAAAGAUACUGCUAUACAGAAGGAAUGUGCAAUACAUGAAGGCGGCGCUGCACCUCAGCAAUGAAAGAUCAUUUGAACGAUUCACUGAACGUUGAUGAGGGCACGAGGAAGGAUGUGUGCGUGUCGAUAGUAGUUUGAUAACAUAACUGGUUAUGAAGCUUAAGAUCCUUUUGAUUACUGAAUGCGGGACUCCUGCUUAGCCCUCGAAUAUCGCAACAUCGACAGAGGAUAGCAAGCCAACUAGGAGGCUGACAACAGGACUCGAAUUUGUCCAGAUUCUGAGAGGCAGCCGAAGCUUAAGCAACCUGCCAGCCUCCCCGCACAGACAUUUUGUCGAGCUUUUAGGAAACCGAAAGCUCGUCAGUCCCCUCGUUCUAACCUUCAUCCACACCAUCAAGACCGCCAUCCAAUAGUUGGCAUCAUGAGUCCAAACAUGUUCAUCGUACCAUGCUCCAACUCAUACCACGGGUUGCGGGGGAAGCCCUCCAAUCACGAUGCCAACUUCGAGACACAACGGGUAGAGGGGACAACAACAACCAUCCCACCAGACCGUCGUAUCGCCGCCGCACCCUCGAGUUCAGGACUGUCUAUAUCCAAUAUACAAACCACCACGCCCUCUAUCACAAGCAACAUUCCCCUUAACCAACGAGAUUACACAUCGAUUUUUUGCGAGAGAUUCUUUCGUCGAAUCUCCGAAAACCGACCUGCAACAUCUACAUCCAUGACUUCGUCGAAGAUCCUGACCCUCGUUUCCUUUGGCAGCGAGGGAUCCAAGUGCAGCGUCCAUCAGCUUGCGACAUCUCCGCCGCCGAAGAGGCGGCUGGCAAGCGGUCAGUCUGCACGGCCGAAGCUUGCCGCACGUUCCUUCGCGCAGGGAUAUGGCGUGUCAGCUACGAGUGUGAAAGUCAUUGUACUAUUUGCACGUCGCCCCAGUCCAUUAUCGAAGAUAUGUGCAUUUCCCUCUCCACCUCCAACUCCACCCACGGAAAGUACGCCAGAGAAAAAUCUGAGGAAGAUUUUCAAGGAAUUCGACUCCACCACGGCUACUGACAAGCCCAAGCCGAUGUCGAAGAGGAUCUUCAGGACACCAAGAGCAAUUGUCGGGUUUCCAAGUAGCGUACUUGUGCGUCGGUCAACGAGAUAUGAAGCACCCACUGCGCCCAAGAACCUUGAGGACAAGGAAUGUAAGAAGGAAUGGGUGGUGAUUCCAGCUCUAACAUUCAUCAGUCCACCGAGCGAGAUUGCACCUUCCGAUGAGAUCAGUCUACAAGCACAGCCAGUUGAAGACACGGUUGUUGAGGUUAAAGAAAAGUCGCCGCAGAGCACAUUCCGAGACUACGAUCUUGUCCUCCUGGCGAGAAGAGCCGCUGUUCUGAUGCAAAUCAAGAGCCGACCGUCGAAGGAUUCCACGACCGAUAUUGCACACGAAGAGCAACAGAAGAGAGUCAAAUUCACGUCUGGACUGAAGCAAGCUUUGAAGUCUAUGGUACAGCCCAGGGACAUGGAUUCCAAAGCGUUCGAGGUCCCCGUGAUAAAGGCUUUAAAACCUUUGACCCGUACUCCAUCUAUUGCGAAUGGAAAUGGACCUCGUCCAGCCGGACAUGUGGCUCUCUUCGAGGAAUUACACAACAGAGUCAAGGCUCCGAUGCCUGCGACCUCAGACAAUGCCACCGACGACGAUCCUCGCGCUUUUCAUCGCGCAGUCUUCGCUCAACUCUUCAGCGGAGAAGGAAAGACAUCGAAAAGGGAGACUGCAGAGGUGGAAGAUGAAGGGGAGCAUGGAGGGCUCAUUUCUCCUCGCAAGAUUCGCUCCAAGGCGGGCGAACAUUCAGAUUUCGUGAACGAACUCAAGAAUGUUCUCAAGAAGCGAGCACAAGGAUCGAGGCCCAUCGAAAUUGGCAAUAAAGAGUUCGGCAGCGUGGUCACAAAUGAGUUGAAGGACGCCCUAGACCGCCGAAGGUCAGCUGUAGCAACGGAAGUUAACUCGAAGUCGAAAGAGUGUUUAGCCCAAGCCAAAUCGAUCUUUCCCUGUCGCAAGGCGAGAGUGUGGCAGCUCGGAUCGCUAUGUUCUCGAAGGGCACCCAGCAACCUCGAAAGGCAGCGCAUGUCCGCAAGUUCAGCCUUCCACAGCUCCUUGAUACCGAUAGAGCUUCAAAGGACGAGAAGACCGAGAGGGAAGUUGAUGGUCUCCGAACAAUGAAGAGGGCAGGUACUGGAAGUGUUGCUCUCACAAGAACACAUGCCUUCGGUGGUGAUGGAGGUGCGAAUGUCGUCAAUGAGAUAGACGAAACGAGGGCGGGAGUAUCGUUACAGUGCUUGAGCAUUUUGGAGCGGUAUAGGAAGAAGAACUGAGGGAAAAUGGACAUCACAUAGUGUUCGGUUUUGCAUGCGUCGGUUUCAGUUCUUGGUACGAUCUCUAUUUCCUUUUUUGGGCUUCCGUCUCUUUUGAUUCUGUCUUUCUUUUUCAAUCUCUGCUUGUCUCAGGUUUCGGUUCCCGCAUGGAUUGGGUACUUGCAUGGAUGACUGUGUUUCAUUUCCUACGUUCCACUACUGGAUGGCUUGAUUACCAUAUUGCAAUGAUAUUCUUCAAAGACUG